AUGGCAGACCUCAAGCAAACGUUGAUAAUACUAUGGCUCUUCCGGCUUCCCAUGGCCAUCAGCAUCGCCUUGACUCGAUGCGCAAUCCUCAUCUUCUUCAUCCGAACCUUCAACAUCUUCAUCGGUGGUUUCCGCGUCGACUCACUAGCUGAUGUCGCAUAUCAAGGCGACGUAACAUACGGUAUAGGCACCACCUUGAUGUGGGCUAUCGCCCAGAUAAGCACUGGAAUUAUUGUAGCUUGCUGUCCUCAUCUGCGCCCCCUGUUCGAAUGCAUGUUGCCGCACCGGCUCACCCACCUCACCACUGGCAGAUCUAAACCCACUUCCAAAGUCUCUCAGGCCUCGCAGAGCCCUCGAUUAGUCCUUCUUUCUCCCAGAGACCAGAGCAGAGCCGGUUCUAUUACGGUCACCACGGCGAUCGCUGUUGAGCGCGACGGAUAUAUGCCACCCCAGCCACCACCAAUAGUAAGCAUUCACGAUGGUUAG